CGGCCCCGGGUCGGUGGGAACGGGCGGACAUGGCGGCGGCCGGCGCGGGGGCCACACGGCUGCUCCUGCUCUUGCUGUUGGCGGCAGCAGCGCCCAGCCGGGCCCGGGGCAGCGGCUGCCGGGCCGGGACCGUCGCGCGGGGGGCCGGGGUGGAAGGCCGGGAGGCCGAGGGCUGCGGCGCGGUGGGGCUGCUUCUGGAGCACUCCUUCGAGAUCGAUGACCACACGCACUUCCGGAAGCGCGGCUCUCUGCUCUGGAACCAGCAGGACGGCAGCCUGUCCCUGUCGCAGCGGCAGCUCAGCGAGGAGGAGCGGGGCCGCCUCCGGGACGUGGCAGCCCUGAAUGGCCUGUACCGUGUGCGGGUCCCGCGAAGGCCUGGAGCCCCUGACGGCGCCGAAGCCGGCGGCUACGUCUCCUCCUUUGUCCCUGCGUGCUCCUUGGUGGAGUCGCAUCUCUCUGACCAGCUGACCCUGCACGUGGACGUGGCCGGCAACGUGGUGGGGGUGUCGGUGGUCACGCACCCCGGGGGCUGUCGGGGCCACGAGGUGGAGGACGUGGACCUGGAGCUGUUCAACACCACGGUGCAGCUGCAGCCGCCCGUCACAGCGCCGGGCCCAGAGACGGCCGCCUUCAUCGAGCGCCUGGAGAUGGAGCAGGCUCAGAAGGCGCGGAACCCCCAGGAGCAGAAGUCCUUCCUGGCCAGAUAUUGGAUGUACAUCCUGCCCGUGGUCCUGUUCCUCAUGAUGUCCGGAGCGCCCGACGCCGGGGGCCAGGGCGGGGGCGCGGCCGCGGGCGGGGGCGGGGGCAGUGGCCGCUGAGCCCUGCGCGCCUCUGCCCCCCUGAGCGCCCUGCAAACGCCCGACUUCCAGCGUCUCCCGUCGUCCGGGAGGACCUGCGGCCGCGGCCCCGAGCCCCUGCACUGCUCUGGGCCGGAGAGUGGCUGACCGGGGCGGGGGAGGGUCCCCUCUGCCUGGGCGCGCCCCGCCUCCGUGCCUUCCUCCGUGUAGCCCGGCUCCUGUCCCGCCCAUCCCCAUGCAGCACUGGUCUGGCCGCUGGCCUCUCGUGGUGUCCCCGUCCCCCAGCACCUCAGCGCUGCCCUGGGUGGGCCAGGCCUCCCAGGGUGAACAAGAGGAGAUAAGGAAGCAGUCCUGGGCGCCCGUCCCCGCCCAGGUCCACCCCGUUCGAGGCUGGGGACUGCACUGUGGCACUGAGCCCUGUCCCCAGGCGCCCGCGGGCUCCGCCUCGGACGGAGUUGCUGUGGUCGAUCAGCAGCAAGUUCUUUAAAAAAAAGUUUUUUAUUUUAUUUGAAAGAGUGACAGGCGAGGUCUUCCAUCCGCUGCUGCGCUCCCAAAUGGCCCAACAGCCCGGGCCGGGGGUCCAGAACUCCAGCCAGGUCUCCCACUGGAUGGCAGGGGCCUGAGUUCUUGGGCCGUCUUCUGCUGUCUCCCAGGGGUGCAGUAGCAGGGAGCUGGAUUGGGAGUGGAGGGGCCAGGACUGGAACCAGGAGCUCCUGACGGCUGCGGCCACACCCAGGCGGGGUGUGCAGGCUCCCCUGGGUUGGGAAGAGCCAGUGUCCCAGCGCGGCCUCUUGCACCGGGCAGGCACCAGGACACUGCGACCCAGUGUGGCCCCGGGCACGGGCCACGGGCCCCACCUCUGCUCCCCCUUGCUGGGAGGAGACGCUCCCUGUGGACUUGACCCCGCCUUCCUCUGCCCCCACGCCCCGCCCCCCGGUGCAACCAUUAAAACCCUUGCAGUUGUGUGAA